CCAUGGAAGGUACAGUUGCUCUAGAUAUCGAAAUACCAGCUGAGAAAACAAUCGUUACAUCAAUCUCAGAUUCUCUUCAUCACUCAUAUCAAGUAUCAACAUCUACCGCUGAUAUUGCAGCCGAUGACCUUUCUCAAUCCACUCCGACCACAUCGAAAGCUGCUAUUGGUUUAACUGAAUCACAAGCAGCCUCAGGGAUGUUUAGUACUUCAAUUGAAUCGGAAAAAGAUUUGGACCUUGAAGUGAUUCCCGAAGUUGUUAAACCAACAAAAAGUUUAACCAAGAAAAAAUCUCGAUCCAUUUCAAUUGAACGUAAACAAAGUUACGAGAAAGAGGAAACUCUUGAUGUGAUCCCAUCGAAAGAGGAAACAGUUCAAUUCGAGAUCACAAGUGAAACUCAAGCGAUCACUGUUGGAAUCGAUGUACCAGUAGAAGUGGAAGACAAAUUAGUCGAAGACGUUAAACCAAAGGUAAAAAAGAUCAAACCCAAAAAGUCAUUACCGAAAACCCGAUCAGCUUCAAUCGAGAGACCAGAAACUCUUGACAAAGAGGAAGAACUCGAAAUAGGAAAGCCAACCGAGAUAACAGCGAUCUCAUCUGUGGUGCCUCAACGAACAACCGAAACAGAAGCUGUGGCCACUCUUGAGGGCGAUAUCGUCGUUCAGAAAGAAAUACCUGUUCCUGAUAAGAGAGCGAGAGAAACGACAGAAAGAGACUUGAUGAAAACAGUGACCACUGAACGUGUAAACUUGAGUGGUGAGCCUGUUGACCAACAAGUCGAUGCACUUGAAAAUGUCUAUGAAAUUAGUGCUGAUCAAACACCCAUUGAAAUUACAGCUCGAGUCACUACAGAAGCCACUCUAUUAGAAAAAGAAGUUAAAUUGACUCAACAAUCAACUCUAAUUGCUGAUGAUCAACCUUAUCAACCAUCAAUCGAUCAACAAUUUGAAAUAUCAUCAAAAGGACAAAAACCAAUACGAAAGGAAAUCAUUCAAACAUUUAAAAAAGUCGGUGAUAAAAUAACAUCAAUACAAGUAGAAUCAACUCAAUAUGAAGAUUCAAUUGUUGAUAUUACAAUAGAAUCAGAUGAUAAACAACCGAUUGAAAUUGAAUCGAAACAAAGAUCAUUGAUUGUUGAAGAAAUGACCACUGAGAUCGGUGGACCAUCAUCUCCAUCAUCAUCAUCACCAACACAAAGUAAAGUCAAUCAAGAUUCAAUUUCUAUUGAAUUACCAGACGAAGAAGAAAAAGAAAUCACAAUUAAACCAGAAUCCAAUGAAUCGAUUGAGAUUGUACCAGAAAUGGAGAUCGACAUUGAAUCGAAAGGUAGAGAGAAGGAGAAAAAAGAAAAAGAAAAAGAAAAAGAAAAAGAUUCGAAGAAGAAAAAAGUUACCAAAAAGAAGCCACAGUUCAGUGAACGAUUCGAGGUUGAUCGAAAUACGGACGAUCUACAAAUAGAAGAAGGUAAGUUACCCGAUCGUAAUGAAGAAUUAGUUGAUUUAAUUGUAGAUGAAUUAGAAGAUUCCCUGGUAAGUGUCCCUGAAGUGAUUCCCGAAUUGAUGGAAAUGAUUAAAGAUGAAUUGAUGUCGGAUUUAAUUACCGAUAAUGAAGAUCAACCAAUGGAUGAUAAGGUGACCACUACUACUGACGAAACAACCAGUGAACCAGCUAAGGUUAAAGUUUAUAAAGCGAAACUCAGAAUACCGGGAACGAGAGUUAUUUAUAAAGUUCCUCGAAAAUCAGGUCGAAGCUUGCAGCGUAUAUCUGAUUCGAAAGAGACUCAAAUACAAACUGAAGAGAUUCCUGAGCAAACUUUCGAGCUCAAAUUACCAAGUUCUCGAGUAGAAUCUGAGUUGACUACCACAGUGUUAGAGUCUCAGACUAAAGAAGAGCAUCCAGCUGACAUUUUUGUUGAACAAACUGUAAAUCUUAGUCUCAAAGGUAAACGAAUAGUUUUCCGUGCUAAAGACGAAAGAGAACAGAUUGUAACUGAAACAAUCCAUCUUCGUCAGCAAGAUUUUACUGAAGAAAAGACUGAAUUAAGGCCAGAAGAAGAAGACGAUUCUGUUCAAACUUUCACAAUAAAAAGUAGAGGAAAGUCAAGAUCAUCCAUAGAAAUGAACUCAGAGAGUAUUGAAAUAAGUUUAGACAGAAAAAUAUCAGAAAUUGAAUCUGUAAAUGAAAAAGAUAAAGAAGAUGUUGAAAGUAUAACAAAACUUAAGGUGAAAAUUCCGGGGCGAAGGAUAGUUCAUCGAAUGAUGGUCUCAUCAAAUGCGUCUGAAACAGAAAUCAGUGAGCAAGAGAUUGUGGACUAUGUUGAGUCAGGACCCGAAGAUAAUCUGAUGCUUGAUGAAGAUGAACACGAUAAAAGAUCAUUAGAUGUGCUUGAAAGAGUUAGCGUGAAAACAACAGGUCGAAAAAUCUUAUUCAGAGUCCCACAUGAAAAAGAUCAACAAGAAACUGAAUCAACAGAAAUACAAUCAGAAUCAGAUUUCAUUCAACCAGAUGAUGAAACCAUGAUAACUGUUGAUUCAGAUGAGACAGUCAAUCUCAAAACCACUGGACGUAAAGUAUUGUUCCGAGUUCCACAAACAUCAUCUAAGCCUGAGAUCGAAGAGCUAGAAAUAGUUCCAGAUCAAAUGACCGAGACACCAAUCGAUGAUAUUCAAGAUGAAAAUGUUAUUGAUGAAGCUAAUCAGAAGAUCGAUGUAAAGAUAACUGGACGAAAGAUCUUAUUUAGAGUACCAAGAAAAUCGAGUGUAUCAUCUGAACAAGAAAUUGAAAUAAGUUCUGAAGAAAUGAAUGUACCAGAAACAAGUGAACAAAUUGAAAUUGAGAAAAUAUCAGAAACUCAAGAUCUGUCUCAAGAUGUAACAAUUACAUCUAAAGGUCGAGAUAAAAGUUCAAUUGAUUUAGAAUCGAGUUCGAUUGAAGUCGAAAAGACAAAAGAAACUGAGACAGUUGAGUCUCCAGAAAAAGAAUCGCCAAAAGAAAUCGAAAGAAAAGAUUCAACUUUUAUCGAAUCUAUUGGACCGAUUGUCGUGAUUAAGAAGAAAAUUCCUGGAGAAAUGAUAACAUUCAAUGUCCCUGAGAUGCCGUUAAGAAAACCAUCAUUACCUACGGAAGAAAAACUUGAAAAAGUUACAAUCGAGAUUGAAAAGCGAAAGAAGAUUGAACAACCUGAACAAGUCGAAGUCUCAUCAGAAACUCUUAUGAUAACAACUUCGGCUGAACAAGUAACUGAAUCAGAAAAACCUUUGGAAACUGAUGAAUCAUUAGACUUACCAAAGACACGAAAAGAAUCAAUUGCUAAGCCAAGUAUCGUUACUCAAGAACUAAUUGUAAUCACUGGAAGUAAAAUCGAUGAAUCAGCAGCACCAAAAGAUUCCAUUGUACCUGAAAUUGAUGAGCUUCCAGAGAUUUCGCCAGAAACAACACUAUCUCAAGAUGUAACACUUCGGUCCAAGGGUCGAAUAAGAACCUCAAUAACAUCAGAAUCAAGUCAAAUUGAAAUUUCAUCCGAUGAAAGAUCAUUUUCAACCGAGCAACAACUUGACGUAAUAGAACCAAUAGUGAUAUCUAAAGUGAAAAUUUCUGGCCGCAAGAUUGUUUUUAGAAUUCCGUGUGAAGGUAACGAAAAAGAGAUUGAGACUUUGGAACUUAUUCAAGAAAACAUAGAAAAUCAAGUGUCUAUUGAUCAACCUUCCGAAAUGGACGAAUCAAUUGAAACUACCGAAGUGAAAACUGCUGGACGUAAAAUUGUCUUUAAAUUACCAAGACGAUCAAGUCAAUCAGAGACUGAGCUGCAUGAAGUUCCUGAAGAACUGCAAGAAUCAGUGGAUGAAAUUUCAAGCGAUUAUCCAUCAGCUAAAGAGGAUUCAGGAAAAGUAGACGAUUCAAUAGAAAAGAUUAAUCUGAAGAUAACUGGACGUAAAAUACUAUUCAGAGUACCUCGAAAAUUAAGUAAACCAGAAAUCGGUGAAACUGAAGAACAAAGUGAGGCGCCAGUAGAUACUUUUGAAAUAUUCGAUGAUCGUCCAGUAGAAAUUCAAGAAACAGAACAAGAUGAACUAACUGUGACAAAGAAGAAAAUUCCAGGAGAAUUGUCUUCUUUCGAUGUACCAGAGACUCCACUAAGAAAGAAAUCGAUUCCUGAUGAGCAAACGAUUACAACUGACGAAUCAAUAUGCGUCACUUGUAUCAAAGUUACUGGAAGAAAAGUUGUAUUCAGAGUUCCACGUAAAUCGAGUCAACCAGAGAUCGAAACAUUCGAGUUAAGCCCUGAAAAAGCUCUAAUUUCUGAGAUUAGCUCUGAUGAAAUCGAAAGAGAGACAUCCGAUGAAUUGGAUAUUGAUAAAAAAUCUAUUGAUCAGAAGACGGAAACAACUGAAGAAAAUGUCAAGCCUAUUCAAGAGAUAAGAAUAACGACCAAAGGCUCAAAGAAAACUAAAACUAAAUUAGAAUCUACAGAAUUAGAGAUGGAAAAAGAUCAAUUCAAGUUUGUCGAUAUCACUGAAGAUAUUGAUGAAAAGGAACUCGAAGUACAAGCGACAAUCGAACUGAAGAAACCAAAGGAUAAAGAUCAGCCUUUUAGUUCAGAAAUCGAAAAGGAGAAAAUAUCAGAAACUCAAGAUCUGUCACAAGAUGUAACGAUUACAUCUAAAGGUCGAGAUAAAAGUUCAAUCGGCUUAGAAUCGAGUUCGAUUGAAGUCGAAAAGACAAAAGAAACUGAGACAGUUGAGUCUCCAGAAGAAGAAUCGCCAAAAGAAAUCGAAAGAAAAGAUUCAACUGUCAUCGAAUCUAUUGGACCGAUUGUCGUGAUUAAGAAGAAAAUUCCUGGAGAAAUGGUAACAUUCAAUGUCCCUGAGAUGCCGUUAAGAAAACCAUCAUUACCUACGGAAGAAAAACUUGAAAAAGUUACAAUCGAGAUUGAAAAGCGAAAGAAAAUUGAACAUCCUGAACAAGUCGAAGUCUCAUCAGAAACUCUUAUGAUAACAACUUCGGCUGAACAAGUAACUGAAUCAGAAAAACCUUUGGAAACGGAUGAGUUGAAACCUCUCGAAUUAUCUGUUCAAGAAAUAGAAUCAGACUCUGAUUUUGUAGAAGUAACAGAUCAGUUUGAAAGAAUAACAGACAAGGAUGAUUCAAGUAUCAGUACCGUAGAAAUAGUUCAUGUUAAAACCGUAGGCCGAAAGGUGUCGUUCAAAGUAUCUCGACGUUUCAUUGAAUCUAUGGAAGAAACUUUAGAUAUGAGUACUGAAACUGAACCCUCAAUUGUAAACCAAAUUGUCGAAGUAAAAACUUCAGGACGUAAAGUUGUCUAUAAGGUCCAAAGAAGAACUAGUCAGACAGAACUAGGAACUAAUGAAAUGCUUUUGGAAAAACCGACUGAAUAUACAACACAAGAAAUUGAGUUAACUUCUGAAGAUAAACAAACCGAUGAAACUAACGUCGAAUCAGCUCUCGAGAUUCACGAAGCUGAAAAUGUUCAAGAGAUUAGCAUCACAUCUAAAGGUCGUGAAAAGACUUUUGCUGUAUUGGAAUCAGAACAAAUUGAAGUUGAAAAGAAACCUGAACAAGAAUUCUUGGAUAUUGACGAUACCAUCGAAAUGGUAACUAAGAAUAUAACUGGACGUAAGAUCUUAUUUAGAGUUCCGAGAAGAUCAAGUCAACAAGAGAUCGAAACUUUAGAAUUGGAAGAACAAUUUGACGAACAAGUACAGAGAAAAGAUUCGAUUACUGUUCAAUCUGAUGAAACGGUUCUGAUCAAGAAACGAAUUCCUGGAGAAAUUGUUACUUUUAAUGUAUCGGAGAUUCCGAUAAGAAAGAAAUCGAUUCCUGAUGAGCAAACAACCGUUAUUGAUGAAUCAAUCGAAGUGAAUCAUGUCAAAGUAACGGGAAGAAAAGUUGUGUUCCGAGUUCCUAAGGGACCAAGUCAAGAAAUCGUGGAAACAGAUGAAAAUAUCCCUGAGCAAAUAACCGAUGAAACUCAAUUGGAAGAGAUCAUAAUACCAAUAAAAACUAUUGAAUUGAUUACUGAAGAUCAAAAACCAAUCGAUGAAACUGAAAAUAAAUCUACUCUUGAGAUUGAGAAAACCGACGAAAGUGAAAGUGUCCAAGAGAUUAGUAUUACAUCGAAAGGUCGAGAAAAGACUUCAAUUCAACUUGAAUCAGAACAGAUCGAAGUUGAAAAAUUACCAGAACACGUUGAUAUCGUCGAUUCAAUUGAGAAAGUCACCGUCCAAAUCUCGGGACGUAAAAUUUUAUUCCGAGUUCCUAGAAGGUUGAGUCAACCAGAAUUGACUGAAUCACACCCUGAAGAGGAAAUAGAAGAAGAAUUAUUAGAAACUGAAACUAUCGCUCAACCGUUGGAAAGUGAGAUCGAUUCAGAAGAAAAAACUGAACUGAAGAUCUCUGGACGUAAGGUUGUGUUUAGAGUUCCAAGAAAAGACAGUCAAUCGGAAAUUGAAACUUUCGAAUCGAUUCCUGAAAUACAAGAUUCAAAAGAAACUACACAAUUUGAGGGAUCUCUGGAAAAGCCAGUUGAAACUUCAGAACUAUUAACUUCUGGUCGAAGAAUAAUAUUUAGAAUUCCAAAGAAGGUUGAUAAAACGGACAUCGAAGUAGCUCCAGACGAACCAGAUGAAAUGGAUAUCGAAGCUUCAAGUAUUCAGCAGACAAUUGAAUUGAUUACUUCUGAUGAGAAAUCAAUUGACAAAACUGAAGACGAUUCGCUUAUGAAAACUGAAAACAUUGAACUGACUCAAGAAAUUACAAUAACAUCGAAAGGUCGUGAGAGAACCUCAGCUCGACUCGAAUCAGAAAAAAUUGAAGUUGAAAAACUACCGAAAAAUAUAAGAUUAGAAGUUGAAGCUUCGGAUGAGAAAGUUGAAGUAAAAAUAAAAGGUCGCAAGAUUUUAUUCAAAGUUCCGCAAGGAACAGAUAAAAUUGAUACAGAAGCUGAAAUAAUUUCAGAUUCUCAAGAACCGAUCGAACUAUCGGACCAACCGUUAGAAACCGAGAUCGAUUCAGAAGAAAAAACUGAACUGAAGAUCUCUGGACGUAAGGUAGUGUUCAGAGUUCCAAGAAAAGACAGUCAACCGGAAAUUGAAACUUUCGAAUCGAUUCCUGAAACUGAAGAUGCAGAUGAUAAUUUAGAGAACUUUAUUAGUGAAAAGGUCGAUCUCAAGACAAUCGGUCGCAAAAUCGUAUUCAGAGUACCACACGAAUCGUCUCAAACAAAGAUUGAGGCGGAAGAACUGUUACCUGAAACUGAAGAUCUUCAUGACCAGUUAUCUAUCGACAAGCUUUCAGAAACAACUCAUACAAUAGAAGUUCAAACAUCAUCACGAAAAGUUCUAUUCAGAGUUCCACAAAAAACAGAUCAACCUGAAAUCGAAGAGUAUGAAAAUAUUCAUGAACAAAUUGAAGCUGAGAAAAAACCAGAACAGGAAGUAACUGAUAUUGAUGAGUCGAGGAUUGAAACAACAAUUAAAACAGCAGGACGUAAAAUCUUAUUCAGAGUCCCACAAGAAAAAGAUCAACAAGAAACUGAAUCAACAGAAAUACAAUCAGAAUCAGAUUUCAUUCAACCAGAUGAUGAAACCAUGAUAACUGUUGAUUCAGAUGAGACAAUCAAUCUCAAAACCAUUGGACGUAAAGUAUUGUUCCGAGUUCCACAAACAUCAUCUAAGCCUGAGAUCGAAGAGCUAGAAAUAGUUCCAGAUCAAAUGACCGAGACACCAAUCGAUGAUAUUCAAGAUGAAAAUGUGAUUGAUGAAGCUAAUCAGAAGAUCGAUGUAAAGAUAACUGGACGAAAGAUCUUAUUUAGAGUACCAAGAAAAUCGAGUGUAUCAUCUGAACAAGAAAUUGAAAUAAGUUCUGAAGAAAUGACUGUACCAGAAACAAGUGAACAAAUUGAAAUUGUGAAAAUAUCAGAGCCUCAAGAUCUGUCUCAAGAUGUAACAAUUACAUCUAAAGGUCGAGAUAAAAGUUCAAUUGAUUUAGAAUCGAGUUCGAUUGAAGUCGAAAAGACAAAAGAAACUGAGACAAUAGAGUCUCCAGAAGAAGAAUCGCCAAAAGAAAUCGAAAGAAAAGAUUCAACUGUUAUCGAAUCUAUUGGACCAAUUGUCGUGAUUAAGAAGAAAAUUCCUGGAGAAAUGGUAACAUUCAAUGUCCCUGAGAUGCCGUUAAGAAAACCAUCAUUACCUACGGAAGAAAAACUUGAAAAAGUUACAAUCGAGAUUGAAAAGCGAAAGAAAAUUGAACAUCCUGAACAAGUCGAAGUCUCAUCAGAAACUCUUAUGAUAACAACUUCGGCUGAACAAGUAACUGAAUCAGAAAAACCUUUGGAAACUGAUGAAUCAUUAGACUUACCAAAGGCACGAAAAGAAUCAAUCGCCAAACCAAGUAUCAUUACUCAAGAACUAAUUGUAAUCACUGGAAGUAAAAUCGAUGAAUCAACAACACCAAAAGAUUCCAUUGGACCUGAAAUUGAAUCAGAAAUCAAAUCAAUAACUGAAUUGAAAUCUGAUGCAACAACCGAUCAAUGGAAGCCUGAAACAGAAGUUAUUGAGAUCGGUGAAACUGUUAAUGUGAAGAUUACAGAUCGAAAAAUAUUAUUCAGGGUUCCAUGCGAUACAAGUCAAUCAGAAAUUGAACAAUUUGAUCUUACACCUGAGAAAGUAAGUGAUGGUAAUGAGCAGGACAAAAUUGAAGUUCCAACUGAAAAAUUAGCUGAGGACAGUUCGUACCCGAAAGCACCAAAACGUAAAAAGAGAAAAGGUGAAACUGUUUUGGAAAAUACUGAUUUGACUUCAAUGCCAGAAACUGUGCACGAUGUUGAUGAAAAAUUACCUUUUGAUCAACCUUCCGAAAUGGACGAAUCAAUUGAAACUACCGAAGUGAAAACUGCUGGACGUAAAAUUGUCUUUAAAUUACCAAGACGAUCAAGUCAAUCAGAGACUGAGCUGCAUGAAGAACUACAAGAAUCAGUGGAUGAAAUUUCAAACGAUUAUCCAUCAGCUAGAGAGGAUUCAGAAAAAGUCGACGAUUCAAUAGAAAAGAUUAAUCUGAAGAUAACUGGACGUAAAAUACUAUUCAGAGUACCUCGAAAAUUAAGUAAACCAGAAAUCGGUGAAACUGAAGAACAAAGUGAGGCGCCAGUAGAUACUUUUGAAAUAUUCGAUGAUCGUCCAGUAGAAAUUCAAGAAACAGAACAAGAUGAACUAACUGUGACAAAGAAGAAAAUUCCAGGAGAAUUGUCUUCUUUCGAUGUACCAGAGACUCCACUAAGAAAGAAAUCGAUUCCUGAUGAGCAAUCGAUCGAAAUUGACAAAUCAGUACAUGUGACUAAUGUUAGAAUUACCGGAAAAAAAGUCGUAUUCCGAGUUCCUAAGAGACCAAGUCAAGAAAUCGUGGAAACAGAUGAAAAUAUUCCUGAGCAAAUAACCGAUGAAACUCAAUUGGAGAUGAUCAUAAUACCAACAAAAACAAUUGAAUUGGUUACUGAAGAUCAAAAACCAAUCGAUGAAACUGAAAAGAAAUCGACUCUUGAGAUUGAGAAAACCGACGAAAGUGAAAGUGUCCAAGAGAUUAGUAUUACAUCGAAAGGUCGAGAAAAGACUUCAAUUCAACUUGAAUCAGAACAGAUCGAAGUUGAAAAAUUACCAGAACAAGAAAGAGUUGAGAGCGACGAUUCAAUUGAGAAAAUUGACUUUAAGUUAAAAGGUCGCAAGAUCUUAUUCCGAGUUCCAGAAGGACUUGAUCAGAUGGAUACAGAAGCUGAAAUAAUUUCAGAAUCUCGAGAACCAACCGAACUAGUAGAACAACCAUCAUGUGAAGUUGUUCUUAAUGAUUCGAAUGAAAAAGUUGAUGUUAAUAUCUCAGGGCGCAAGGUUGUGUUUAGAGUUCCAAGAAAAGACAGUCAAGCCGAAGUUGAAUCUAUCGAAACUGUUGCUACAGCUGGAGAUUCAAAUGAGUUUGUCUUGAUAGAUCAAUCUACGGAAAAAUCUCCCGAAAGUACGGAAUUGAUAACCUCAGGACGUAAAAUACUGUUUAGAAUUCCGCACAAGUUUGAUGCAGAAAAAUGCGAGAUCGCAGAUCUUACUGAUGAAAUUUCCAACGAUGAAACAAAGCCAGAAAUAACUUUUGAUCAACAAAUAGUUGGACUUAUCAGUGGAGAUCAAAAACCAAUUAUUGAAACCGAAGCUCAAUCAGCUUUGGAAAUUAAUAAACCUGAUGAAACAACUCAAAAUGUCCAAGAGAUUAGUAUUGCAUCGAAAGGUCGAGAAAAGACUUCAAUUAAACUUGAAUCAGAACAAAUUGAAGUUGAAAAGAGGCCAGAGCAAGAAUUCAUUGAUAUUGACGAUACCAUCGAAAUGGUAACUAAGAAUAUAACUGGACGUAAGAUCUUAUUUAGAGUUCCAAGAAGAUCAAGUCAACAAGAGAUCGAAACUUUAGAAUUGGAAGAACAAUUUGACGAACAAGUACAGAGAAAAGAUUCGAUUACUGCUCAAUCCGAUGAAACGGUUCUGAUCAAGAAAAGAAUUCCUGGUGAAAUUAUUUCAUUCGAAGUACCUGAAUUUUCACUUCGAAGAGAAUCGGUGCCAAGUGUGCAACCGAUCGAGGUCGGUGAAUCAGUUGACAAGAUGAGUGUUAAAAUAGCGGGAAGAAAAGUAGUAUUCCGAGUUCCCAAAGGACCAAGUCAAGAAGAAGUCAAAUCCGAUGAAAUAAUUCCUGAGCAAAUAAUCGAUGAAACUCAACCAGAAGAGAUCAACAUACCCAAGAAGAUUAUUGAAUUAGUCAUUGAAGAUCAAAAACCAAUGGAUGAAACUCAAGUUAAAUCGCUUCUCGAGAUUCAAAAAACUGAAAAUGUCCAAGAGAUUAGUAUUGCAUCGAAAGGUCGUGAAAAGACUUUUGCUGUAUUGGAAUCAGAACAAAUUGAAGUUGAAAAGAAACCUGAACAAGAAUUCUUGGAUAUUGACGAUACCAUCGAAAUGGUAACUAAGAAUAUAACUGGACGUAAGAUCUUAUUUAGAGCUCCGAGAAGAUCAAGUCAACAAGAGGUCGAAACUUUAGAAUUGGAAGAAAAAAUCGACGAACAAGUACAAAGAAAAGAUUCGAUUACUGUUCAAUCUGAUGAAACUGUUCUGAUCAAGAAACGAAUUCCUGGUGAAAUUGUUACUUUUGAUGUAUCGGAGAUUCCAAUAAGAAAGAAAUCGAUUCUUGAUGAACAAACGACCGUUAUUGAUGAAUCAAUCGAAGUGAAUAAUGUCAAAGUAACGGGAAGAAAAGUUGUGUUCCGAGUUCCUAAGGGACCAAGUCAAGAAAUCGUGGAAACAGAUGAAAAUAUCCCUGAGCAAAUAACCGAUGAAACUCAAUUGGAAGAGAUCAUAAUACCAACAAAAACUAUUCAAUUGAUUACUGAAGAUCAAAAACCAAUCGAUGAAACUGAAAAUAAAUCUACUCUUGAGAUUGAGAAAACCGACGAAAGUGAAAGUGUCCAAGAGAUUAGUAUUGCAUCGAAAGGUCGAGAAAAGACUUCAAUUCAACUUGAAUCAGAACAGAUCGAAGUUGAAAAAUUACCAGAACACGUCGAUAUCGUCGAUUCAAUUGAGAAAGUCACCGUCCAAAUCUCGGGACGUAAAAUUUUAUUCCGAGUUCCUAGAAGGUUGAGUCAACCAGAAUUGACUGAAUCACAUCCUGAAGAGGGACGAGAAGAAUUAUUAGAAACUGAAACUACCGCUCAACCGUUGGAAAGUGAGAUCGAUUCAGAAGAAAAAACUGAACUGAAGAUCUCUGGACGUAAGGUUGUGUUUAGAGUUCCAAGAAAAGACAGUCAACCGGAAAUUGAAACUUUCGAAUCGAUUCCUGAAACUGAAGAUGCAGAUGAUAAUUUAGAGAACUUUAUUAGUGAAAAGGUCGAUCUCAAGACAAUCGGUCGCAAAAUCGUAUUCAGAGUACCACACGAAUCGUCUCAAACAAAGAUUGAGGCGGAAGAACUGUUACCUGAAACUGAAGAUCUUCAUGACCAGUUAUCUACCGACACGCUUUUAGAAACAACUAGUUCAAUUGAAGUGCAAACAUCAUCACGAAAAGUUCUAUUCAGAGUUCCACAAAAAACAGAUCAACCUGAAAUCGAAGAGUAUGAAAAUAUUCAUGAACAAAUCGAAGCUGAGAAAAAACCAGAACAGGAAGUAACUGAUAUUGAUGAGUCGAGGAUUGAAACAACAAUUAAAACAGCAGGUCGAAAAAUCUUAUUCAGAGUCCCACAUGAAAAGAUCAACAAGAAACUGAAUCAACAGAAAUACAAUCAGAAUCAGAUUUCAUUCAACCAGAUGAUGAAACCACGAUAA